UCCUCCCGAGAACAACAGGUCCCGCAACUCCACAGACAUAUUGGACUCCUGUCUCCGAUCCGCCCUCCGAAGCUCACUCUCGCCCCGAAAUGAAGAUCACCUGGACACUCGUUGGCUGGGCCCUGCUGUUGCUCGUCCUCGGCGCCGACGCCGAUUGCCCCAACUGCGGAAACGUGUGCAACUGCCAACGCUCCAGUCCCUACAAGACUUUGUACGCUGUACAAGAAAUGCAACCUGCCACCGGGUAUUUACCUCAAGCUGUGGCAGCAGUACGACCCAGUAUCUUGAAAUACGUGGCAGUAACUGAAGCUCCCAAAAACAUCGGCCCGAGGUUGGCUGUGAGACCAGUGGCCAGCUUUAAAGACAUAAUCGGCUGCUCACCCGACCUGGCCCGACCGGUCAAGGUCGAGAAGGUGUACGAGCAACCGAUCAGGCCCACCUACAACUACAACCCACCGCCACCUCCCACGACCGAGGCCCCGGCCGUAAUAGAGCCGAGCACCUCCAGUCCUGAGCCAAGCACAGCCGCCCCAUUUACCCCGAUGGCAGUACCGAUCAACCCACCCCCUUUCUCUCACUCGUUCGGUCCAAGCUACUCCUACGGUCCUCCAUCCAUGAUCCCUCAACAACCCAUGCAGAUCUCAGCACAACCAGUUUACAGUUCCCCGGCCCAGACGAGCUUCGUGCAGUACGGUCCGGCUCCGGUCUACCCACUGUCAUCGGCCUACCCGAUGCCGGUCCACGGGCCUUUUUCGUACAAUCCUGCAGUGGCUGGAGUCAAUAAUUACGCCAUGCCCCCAGCCUUUGAAUACGCGUAUCAGGUUGCCCCCCCACCUCCAGCUGCGGCUCCAGCUCGAUUGAUGAGUCAACCGGUGGUUGUCGCCGCUCCGACCACCACGACGACCACCGUCGCAAGUACCACCGCCACGAGGAACGAGCCACCCUGCGACGACUCCGUUCGGAGUUACCAGGACAACAAUGAAGGUCCCGCGCUACCGGAGGAGUACCAGCCAGCCAACCCCCAGCCCGUCCCGACGGCAGAUCCAGUCCGCCUCAUAUUCGCUGUCCAAAAGGAAAACCACUUUAGGGCCCCAAAAGUCCCGAGGUACAUUGCCCAGGAACACAGACAGCCGGUCGAAGUUGAGUUCUCGGGCGGAGACUUUGACACGAGGUACGAACAGCAAGGCCAGUCGAAUGGGCCGAUAUUUAGCCACCGAUGGCCAGAGAUCUUCCAGCCGUGCCCGCAUGGCAACUUUCGGUACGUCUACGACGAUGGCCAGAGCAGCUUCAAGGGACGCCAACCAGAAAGUAUUGCGCCCAGCAGCCCGAUCGUCGUCCAACCGAGCCACACCCUCGCUCCAGAGAACAGAUUACCGACGAUCGUUACGGGAGCCAGUGGUGUACAGCAGCAGCAACCGGCAACGCCUCCACCCCUCCAGCCGCCAAGCUCCGUCUACGAGCCACCAAAAGAGAUCCCCAGCACCAAGAGCCCCCCAGCAGGGCCCAGCGUCGAUCCUAACGCCCGAGAUUCGGGAUCGGACCCGUGCGACAAUCGAGGCGGUGGCAGCGGCAGCGCAGACGGCCCUAGCAGCACUACCAGCACUGCUAAGCCAACCCCUACCAAGCCUACGAAGAGGCCCAAGGGCAGAUCUGCCAAACUACGGAGAGAAAAGUAGUCCGAGUGGGGGCUAUUAUGGCGCGUCCGAGUGGCGUUAUGGCAUGUAAAGUGAGUGUGUCUAAGGCGUAUGAUUUUGAACGUUUGCGAAGGAUGAAAGAGUGCAAAUGUGAUCGCGUUGUCUGACUGUGGUUCAGGUUUUGGAGGGAGAAUAACAUGUUUGACGGGGCUUUGAUCAGAAUAGAAGGCUUGAACGGUGAUUGUUUUGAAAGAAGGUUGUUUCCGACCACGUGAGGGAGAGGGAUUGUUUGGCAUCCCAAGUUCGAGAGUUUUCUGGUUGACUCGUGUUUUUUUCUUUUUUUUUAAUUUCGUGAUUUUUGCUUUAUCAGUCCCGUAUACCAAAGUAUCCUGUAGACUGGGCUGUCUCUCAAGAAGAAAAAUUGUGUCCAGAUAUAGUUUAUUGAAGGUGAAUCAACCAUCACUGUAUCAAAGUAUUUUUGAGCAAUUAUUGAAAAACUGUAAAUUAGAAAAAAAAAAACAAUUUUAUUUCAAAAAAAUUGUUUAAGAAUACUUUUACUCCCCAGUUUUGGCAAUAUCAUCCGGAUGAUAAAACGUCGUGGUUAUAGCUGAUACACCUUCAAUAAAUUAGAUUUGGACACAAGUUUUUUUCUUGAAAAUUUGAAACAGCCCAGUCUUUAGGGGAGUCUGCAGGAUAAUUUGGUACGGGAUUGUAAAUGAAUAAAUGUAAGUAUAACUAGAAUGUAUGAGUGAUGAAUGACUGAGAGAAGGCGUAAAAAAUAGUACGGUAAAAUCCGUUUAAAAUGUUGUGAAGAUAAAUGCUGCGAUAGAGUUAUAGCGAAAAGUGAUGAAUAAAAGCGAUAAUUUGGUGAUGAUUCGAAAUGUUGAAAAGAACUUUGAAUGACUGCCAAAAUGUAUGCGUUUUAAUGUUUGUGUCAAUCCCUUGGUUGUCGUUAAGCACCUUGAAUGUUGUAAAUUUUUAAUUUUAUUUUUAUUCGUAUGAGAAUGUAUGAAUUCAGUGCGAAAGCAUCAUCUGAUAAUUUUAACUAGUAACUAUCAUAUUUUGACUAGUAAUAAUCAUAAAUCAAUAAAUGAUCGAGGAGUAAAACAACAUUUCACCUUUUACUUGAUUGUGCAAAAAAACCUUUCUUUUUAGAAUCUAUAUCGCUCCACCUUUCUCUGAUCCCGGAACUUCAGAUCCUGAAAAUUUUUUCCAAAAUCUAU